CACAGUCCUCAUGUUCUCUUUUUCAACUCGCCUUAUCAGGAGAUCAUUUUGCGUGUCGAAGCAAUUCUCGAUUCUAUCCAAAGCCCAUCUCAAGUCCCCGCAUAUUUCGUCUGUUCCUUCAAUUUCUCAGCCUGUCGCAGCAAGUUUUUUGAAAUCUUGGUCUUGUCAAAGCAUAAAAGACCCAGCUUUUCUGAAUUUGAGGUCAGAUCAUACGAUGGCCACCCAGUCCAGCGCCCCUCAAUUAGUCCAUGACUUCACUGUAAAGGAUGCCAGAGGGAAUGAUGUUGAUCUUAGCCAAUACAAGGGAAAGGUCCUUUUGAUUGUCAAUGUUGCAUCUCAGUGCGGUCUGACCAACUCAAACUACACUGAGCUGACAAAGCUAUAUGAGCAGUACAAGGAUCAAGGUCUGGAGAUCCUUGCAUUUCCUUGUAACCAGUUUGGCUCACAGGAGCCUGGAACUAAUGAAGAGAUUCAACAGUUUGCUUGCACCCGCUUUAAGGCUGAGUAUCCCAUAUUUGACAAGGUGGACGUAAAUGGUUCAAAUGCUGCUCCUCUGUAUAAGUUUUUGAAGUCAAGCAAAGGUGGACUUUUUGGGGAUAGCAUCAAAUGGAACUUCUCAAAAUUCCUCGUAGAUAAAGAGGGGCAUGUUGUUGAUCGCUACGCUCCCACCACAUCUCCCUUGAGCAUAGAGAAGGACGUUAAGAAACUAUUGGAAAAAGCUUAAGCAGAGCUGUUGACUGGAAAACUCGUCCGAAUGGACGCUUCUGCCUUUGAUCUUUCAAAUAUGUACUGUCACGGAAAUAUCUUUAUGAAUAAGCGGAAUUGUGUUGCGGUUGAAUGUGCUUUCUAGACCAUAUUUUAGUUUCUGCUACAGUACUGAAGUGUCUUUUUAUUUGCUUAAUUCAAGCAAUAAAGCAUGUUUGCUAAUAGGCAAAUGUUAUGGUCCAGUUGAAUGUAGUUUUGUGGUUUUCUUCUCCCUAGUCACUGUUGUAAAGCUUAUUUUUAUGUUGUUUUAGUUAAAAAUAGUAACAUAUCGCCAAUGCAGCUUCUCUUUGUUUGCUGAUAGGCAAAUAUUAUGGUCCAGUUGAAUGUAGUUUUGCGGUUCUCUUCUCCCUA